AUGAAUCCGUCCACACAACGGAAACGACUGGCAUGUUCCGAGUGUACCAGACGCAAGAUAAAGUGUGACAAGAUACUACCUUGUCGGAAUUGUACGCGCCGUGGAAGUGCUUGCUACCGAAAUGAGAAACAACACCGGCGAGCGCCGCUGAGGUCGCCUGCAAUUACUCCAGCCGAUCCAAGCGUUCUCGCGGACAAUUUGACCUCUUGCAUCCGCGAUCUGCAAGAAACGCUUCAGGCAGUUAGGAAGCCUCCCUUAUCCCCUUGUGACUUCCAAGACAGCGCUGUCUCUGUUGCAGUAGACACUCUCGAGGACACGGCGAAUGCCACACCGGCACCAUCCGAGGGCGAUCAUAGGUCUCGACAUAGUGGAAGUUAUACUCCUGCCCUUUCAAAUCCUGAGUCAGUAGGAGUCGAGGAUGCCGCGACCAUUCUCGAAUUUUUGGCUUGGGGUCGAAGGAAAGUUUCCACAUACGAUGACGUUGUUGGCUCUGACACGAACAGCGAGCCACCUCCAUUUUCGGGGGAUGUUGGAUUAGAUCAUGAUCCAUCCGCAGAUCCAACAUCUUCACAGUUGCAUCUGUCAGAUCAAUCCUCGCUUUCGCUCCUACAGCUGCUCCUUCCACAAAAGCAGAGCACUAUAGCUAUUGUCAAGUAUCAUUGCGAAUGUUUACUCUGGUACCAUGGAUCUUUCCAUGAACCAACGUUUUAUAAGGAGCUCGACCUCUUUCUUAACAAUCACCAAGGACUGAUUGAUCAUCCAGGCGUGGAUCUACAAUGGAUGGCACUGUUGUUUGCUGUUCUUUCAGCUAGCAUGGCCUGCGCUCCCCGAGUCGUUGCAAGCUCGUGGGGAUUCGAGGAUCAGGAGCGCGCCACAAUGGCUCAGCGAUGCUUCAAAGCGGCCCUGAUAUGUUUGAAUCGGGCGAACUACACGGCGUAUCACUCCAUGCACGCGGUGCAGAGCAUCACGACCAUGACCAUGAGUGCGCAUAUGUUGGGCCACUCUAACAGCCACUCAGUAAUGCUAGCAACAGCGAUCAGAAUCUCCCAGAGCCUGGGGUUCCACCGCCUAGGAAACUCAAGCGAUGACCAUCCCGCGAAUACAAUAAAGAGGGAAACUGGACGAAGAGUCUGGACCGAACUUUGUAUUCAGGAUUGGUUCUCAAUCCCUUUUUCAGAAAGCUACUUGAUCCGUCAACUCGACUUCAACACGGACAAGCCUCUUAAUUGCAUGGACGAUGAUAUGCUCUCGUUACCCGAUGAUGCUCCUACAAUAAUGACUUACCAUCGUUUCCUGUAUGAUAUUGCCCUUCUUAUGCCACAGAUGCACGAUGACCUAAGCCGAUCAAAUACAAUGUAUACAAAGUAUGAACAUGUUCUUCGAUAUGAUACACGAAUGCGCACGCUGGCAAGCAAGCACAUCCCUCCAUGUUUGAGGAGCGUAGCCCUAGAACCAUCCUGGCCACGCUACGUGCCGUGGGCUCGACAUUGUCUUACCAUUAGCUCCGCCCACAAAAUCAUCAUGAUACACCGCAAAUUUCUGUGGCAGAGUUUUACCAACCCUGCCUUCAGUUUCACACGCAAGACAUGUAUUGCAGCCUCGAAGACGAUUAUUCGUGCGCAGAAACAGGCUGCGAAGGAUGAUGGGCCAGACUUGUGGAUUUACCACGCCUUCGCCGUGGCUGCUAGUAUAAUCCUUUGCUUGGACAUGAGAUUUCGAUCGCCUUCUGACUCCGAAUACCGAGAGCAUCGCACUCUCGUUCGUGACGCGAUAUCAAUUUUAUGGCAAAGCGAGACAAGCAUGAUCGCAAAGCGAGGAGUGAGAAUUCUUCGUCUGUUGCUUCAGCUAGAAAAAGAUCGUAUGCAAAGACCAGGACCGACACAUUUAGAUGCACAGGGUGAAGGGCCUAGUAUUAUUGCCACCAAUGAUACCUCUCGUCGAUAUCAUCGUGAGACGGGUAUAGAUGGAGAUAAGCUUGCUCUCGAUAUCCACAGAUUAGUUGGCGAGGUAUUUUUUGAACAAGAAGUUCUUUCUCAGCAGAGCUCUUCAAAUAUCCGUGAGAAGCUUUAUCAACAAGACGCAGCAGGACAACGUCCGGGAUCGACUUUAGUGUCCUCAUCGCCAAACAUGACUCUUUACGAUAAUGAUAGUAAUAAUUACUGGCCGUGGCAAGAUUCAGCACAAGAUCGGUAUGACCUCAGAAGAUAUCCAGCAGGUGCAGCAACAGGUACUCCCUCAGGUGUGCACUCUCGGUUUGCGAAAAGUGAUUCAUUGGAAGAUAUUUUGUUCUGGGCGCAAAACGGUCGUCAAGGCUGA